AGCGUCCAGGAAAAAGCAAGCAGCGGGGAGGGGGCGGGGCCGGAAGCUCCUCCGUACGAGGCGAAGAGCUAGGCAGGGCCCGAAGGGGCUUGAUAAAGUGGAGCUGGAAGAAGCUGUGGUGCGGCGCCAGGCCGCGGUACGGACCCUGGGCCAGCAAGCCCGGGUGUGGUCGGUGCGGAUCCUGCUCAAUCUGCUGGUGAUUGCACUCCUGGGAGCAGCCUUCUAUGGAGUCUACUGGGCUACAGGGGCCUCUGUGCGGCUGCAGGAGGUGCCCCCUGUCCAGCAGAUGCCACUGCUAAAGCUCGGGGUGGAUUUCCUUCCGUCCAUCUUCAUCUCUGGGGUCAACUUCUUGCUGCCACCUGUGUUCAAGCUCAUUGCCCCACUGGAGGGCUACACCAGGAGCCGCCAGAUUGUUUUUGUCCUGCUCAGGACCGUGUUUCUCCGCCUGGCCUCCUUGCUCGUCCUGCUCUUCUCUCUCUGGAAUCAGAUCACUUGUGAGGGCAAGGCUGAGGCUGAGGAGUGCAAAACCUGUGGCUACAAUUACAAGGAACUACCGUGCUGGGAGACUCGGCUGGGGCAGGAGAUGUACAAACUCCUGCUCUUUGACCUGCUGACUGGCGUGGCGAUCAUGCUGCUCAUCCAGUUUCCUCGGAAACUGAUCUGUGGCCUCUGUCCCGGGGCGCUGGGUCGUGUGGUGGGAACCCAGGAGUUCCAGGUGCCUGACGAGGUGCUCGGGCUCAUCUACGCACAGACGGUGGUCUGGGUAGGGAGUUUUUUCUGCCCUUUACUACCUCUGCUCAACACGGCCAAGUUCCUGCUACUUUUCUAUUUGAAGAAGUUCACCCUUUUCUCCACCUGCUCCCCAGCUUCCCGCACUUUUCGGGCUUCCACAGCGAAUUUCUUUUUCCCCAUGGUCCUUCUCCUGGGUCUGGCCGUCUCCGCUGUUCCCGUGCUUUACAGCAUCUUCCUGAUCCCACCUUCUAAGCUGUGUGGUCCAUUCCAAGGGCAUUCGUCCAUCUGGGCCCAGAUCCCUGAGUCUAUUUCCAGCCUCCCUCAGACCGUACAGAACUUUCUAUUUUUCCUGGGGACCCAAGCUUUUGCUGUGCCUCUUCUGUUAAUCUCCAGCAUCCUGAUGGCAUAUACCGUGGCCUUGGCUAACUCCUAUGGACGUCUCAUCUCUGAGCUCAAACGCCAGAUAGAGACCGAGGCGCGGAAUAAGGUCUUCCUGGCGCAGCGCGCUGUGGCCCUGAGCUCGGCCAGCGGGGCUCCUUGACCUCCCUUGGUCAGGACGACGUCCCACUUUCAGUCCGGACCUGCCCCCGGACCCUUUGUAAGCCUCCGGCGCGUCAUCUCUAAAAGGGGAGAACUUGAGAAGACCCCAAGCCCUUACAGCCCUGGGAUUCGGAGAGUCCCAGGGCCCUGAAGUCCCCCAACCCUGCCAAGUCCCUUACUCUCCAGUUAACCUCGUGUAUCAAUAAACUCAGCUGAGGCUACA